AUGUCAGAAACGAAAGCUGAGCUGGCUCAAACCGCCAAGCCAGAAGUCGAUCAGCCUGGCGAGGCGCGACCUCCAUCAUCUCCGCAGCAGCAGUCAUCCUCUCCGCAGUCCCCUCCUGCGGCUUCCACCUCCAGAGCGGUGACAGCCAAGGAGCCAGUCCAACCUUCAGACGACACCACUUCGCGUCGCAAGAGAGAACGCGAAGGCAGCCUCGAACCUUCGCAGCUUACGCCUUCCCGAGCGACCGAAGCCAUACCUGCCAAGAAGAACCGAGUCGAGGACUCCCUCCAGGAGGAAGAUGACGACGACACCGCAAGCCACGUAGCCGAAACCGAGAAAGUCGGCCAGAUCCGCAAGAAGGUGGACGAGUUGAGCACAAAGGAGCUCGAGCUCAGGUCUGCUGUAUCUGCAACGGAUCCCGCUUCGACUACUUCUUCAGUGACGACCAAAGAGAAGGUAUCUUCCGAAGAAGCCGUCCCCAAGGCCGCCGCGCCGUCGGGAUCGGAGCCGAAAGUGGCGGAAACACAAUCUAUCAAGCCGUUGCAGGACCCGCCAGCACGAACCCAGCCGACUUUUUCCUCUUUCAGCUCCAAGUCUUCACCCUUCAGCUCCGUGCCCUCCUCUUCUGGAUCCUCAUCCGCUUCCUCCAGCAAAGGCGGCUUCUCUGCUUUCUCCGCUAAAAACUCUUCACCUCUUGUAGGAGCAGGCAUCCAGCCUAGCACCCUCGGCUCAAGCAUCGGCGGUCACCACGAGGGCAACGGCUCCGCUUCACCACUUUCAUCCGCACCUUCCAAGCCUAUCGCCAAGGGCUCGUCAUUCGGUUUUGGUGCCUUCGCGGGCGCUAGCCCGCUAGCAAAGCCAAAAGCUGACUCUCCUGCCGCCGCCUCCGAAAAAGACUCCGACAAGUCGCAAUCCACCGACGACAAGGCAAGCUUCACACAGAAACUCCUCAGCCAUGACAAAGACGCUUCUGCUGCUUCCGACUCCAAGACGAAGCCACUGCUCGAGACUCCUGAGGCUGAAUCAAAAACUGGCGAGGAGGACGAGGAAAGCAUUCACAGCAUUCGUGCCAAGCUAUACACCAUGGCAGAAGACCAAUCUUGGAAAGAGCGAGGUACCGGAACGCUUCGUGUCAACAUCCCCAAGAGGUCUUCAGAGAAACGUCCCGCACGUCUCGUCAUGAGGGCAGAUGGCAUUCUCAGAGUCAUCCUCAACGUACCCCUCUUCAAAGGAAUGAAGUGCGAGCUUCACGAAAAGUUUGUUCGCAUCGUGGCUUUGGAAGAAAGCAAGCCAGUCCACUACGCUAUCAAGCUGAGCAACCCAAACAACGCAGCAGCACUUAUGGACGUCCUCGACGAGUUUGUCGUCUCCGAAGACAGCACUUCGCACGCAUAA